GAGAGAGAGAGAGAGAGAGAGAGAGUGAAUCGUUGAAGAACCCUAAUCUUGAAUCGUGAACUCCACUCUCCUGUUUGCCUCUCUCUGUAUAUGAAAACGCCGACUCUUAACUACCUCUUCACUCCCACCAUCUUCCACCACCCACCCCUCUUUUAACCCUCACCGCCUCUCUCUCUCUUUCUCUUCUGUGGAACUUUUACUUAGACGAUCAGUCUUCUUCUGCCGUUACAGUGCAGUUUGCAGUUUAAGCACCGUAAGUGGGCGGCCUGAAGUGAAGAUAUUCAAAUCUAAUUAGGACUGAAGUGGGGUUUCAAAUUAUUACGGUUUUGUUGUCUUCACUGAUUAAGGAAAAAAAAGGAGUUAUGUCGGUUAAUUAGCAUUUCUUGAGGUUGUUUGGAAAAUAACAGGACUUGAAGUAGUUUUUUUUCUUUCUUUCCGAAAAUGAGCAAGAUUUUGGGUAUAGGAGAUUAAGAAUAGGUAAAUAUUAAAGAAAAUAACUUUGUACUUGCAUGUGUGAGAAAUUGCAAAAGUAUCUGGAAUACUUAAGUUUUGGUAGUAACAGCAGUGAAGAAAAAAACACGAAGAAGAACGACACCUCGAUCCCAACCAAGUUUGGGUGGGAACAGUAGUGAAAUAGGGGGAAAGAUUGGUUCAAGGGCAGGGGUACUGCCUUGUGAGGUGCGAGCACUGAUGCCUUCAGUAGGGAUGAGAAGGACUACAAGGGUUUUUGGGGCGAGGGUUUUGAGGUCAGGAAGGCGGUUGUGUACCCCAGGUGAGGAGGUUAAGCGGGCGAAACAUGGAAAUGAGUGGAUUGAGCUUCUUGACAAUGUAGGAAGAGAUGGUGGUGGUGGUGGGGCCACUAAGUACAAGGAAAACGGGUGGCUUAAGAAGGAUAGUGCUCUGAAGCAAGAAACUAACCAAGAAAUGGAUAUUGAUGUAGAGAGUAAGGCAACAGCUGAACCGGAGGCACUGAUCAUUAGUCCGAACAGCAAUAGUUUUAGGAGGUGGGGAACUGUAUAUACGAGGAAGAGGAGAAGACAUGAAUCCGGGAAAGGUGAUACGGUAACAGAGAGCAAGAGGUUUGGCAAGCACUUCGUUAGGAAGAAAAGAGUUAGGGCAGCUUAUGCUAAGGAUUCGGAUAAAUCUGAAGAGGGUCAACUAUCAACUGGCAUUGUUAUUGUAAAUACAUCAUGUGGAAGCAAUUACUGGGUUUCCUGCCUUUUGAGUUGUGUUUUAAGGUACUUGAGGAAGUCAACUGUUAGUUUGCAGCAAAUCUUUGGAUUCAUUAACUCAAAACCCUUGAGGGACGUUUCUUCGUUGCACGGUAUCCUCCUCUUACAGGAUCAGACUCCCAGAAAAUUAAACACCGGAGCUUGCUUUAUUGCUGGUGGCACAUGCUCGAUUCCUGUUUUUGCACUGGAUUUUUCUACAGUCCCGUGUUGCUUUAUGUACCUGCACUCAAGCAUGCUUCUCAGAUUUAUUCACAUGUCCUAUGCAUUGGUCAUGUAUUCUACAGUGUUGGUUGAGGAAACUAAUGUGGCUAGUGAGAAGGAGAUGGUAUCUUGCCUUGUCCCUGUUUAUAAUCAACCUGGAUUGGAUGUAUCCGCGUCUGGAAUGUAUGAUGAUUCCAGGGAGAUUGCAGUGGUGCACCCAACUGUUGGAGUUCCUAAAUUAGCUGCCCACCACUUGCAGCUAAGGAACAGUAGUGGUAUUCAGAAGAGGAGAAGCUCUUUGAGUUCAAGAAGAGGCAGACGUUCUUGCUUUGGCUCACAGGAUGUUAUUGGUGCUUUGGCUUCUGACAGAUUGAGGUUAAGACGUAAUGGCCUCCGAUUUUCGUCUCGUACGUCUCGGUAUGAACUUAGGAGUUCAGGUCAGAAGAUUUCCACACCAAGCAUCAAAGAAUUAAAAUCUGCUUUGGUGGAAUUGACGCAGGAUAUAGAUGCAACAAGCUGUUCUGCGAACAUAUUGGUUAUUGAAUCAGACAAGUGUUACAGGCAAGAAGGAGCCACCAUUGCUAUGGAACUUUCUGGUUCAAAACAGUGGAUUUUAGCAGUGAAGGUAGGUGGAGUAAGGAGAUUCAACCUCACUGCUGAGAAAGUUAUGAGGCCUUGUAGCGCCAACCGUGUAACUCAUGACAUUAUAUGGGUCGGGGAUCGUGGUUGGAAGCUAGAGUUUCCAGAUAGGCGAGACUGGUUGAUUUUCAAGGAACUUUAUAAAGAAUGUUCUGAUCGCAAUGUACAGCCCCCUGCGUUAAACAUCAUUCCUGUUCCUGGUGUACGUGAAGUAUCAGGCUAUGCAGAGAGCAAUCCUGCUCAGUUUGCUCGUCCGGAUUCAUACAUAACUGUUAGAGAUGAUGAGCUGACAAGGGCAUUAGCAAGGAGUACAGCAUGCUAUGACAUGGAUUCUGAUGACGACGAGUGGCUAGAAAACAUUAAUGAUGAACUUUUUUCGGAAAACAAGCAUCUUUCGGUUGAGAGCUUUGAGAUACUGAUUGAUACUUUUGAGAAAGGCUUUUAUUGUAAUCCAGAUGAUUAUUCUGAUGAGAAAGCGGCUAUCAAUAGUUGCCUGGAUAAGGAAAAGAAAGAAAUUGUUGAGGCUGUGUAUAGUUAUUGGUCCAAAAAGAGGAAACAAAAGAGGUCUUCCCUGAUAAGAAUUUUCCAGUGUUACCAGCCAAGGAGAACUCAGGUCAUACCAAAAUCUAUUCUCCGCAAGAAGAGGUCUUUCAAACGACAAGGAAGCCAAGCCGGAAGAGGCAAACAUCGGCCAUUUCUACAAGCAAUGGUGAGUGAAAAAGAUACUUUGCAGCGACAGAACUCAGUUCUUAAGGUGCAAGAAGCUAAAGCUGCUGCAGACAAAUCGGAGGAUUUGGCAGUUAGGCUGAGACAAAGGGCUCAGCAGCUGAUGGAAAAUGCUGAUCUAGCAACUUACAAAGCCGCAAUGGCACUUAAAAUAGCUGAAGCAGCUAAGAUUGCUAAGUCUACGAAAGGUGUUGCGCCGUUUUUCAUAGGUUAGAAACAGUGUUAUAUUGGUUUUUCAGAAUUACAUAGUUGAAAUGGCCAAUUUUUCCCGAAUUGAAAUCGGAGGAACACAGCCUCAUGGCCUUUUUUAGAGAAGCCUGUGGAGGUCCAUCUUUUAAAGGAUUUAAUGUAACUUUGUGUAUAGAUUCUAAUGGAUGUACAUUCUGUAUCAUUAUUCUUAGAUGUUAGCUUAGAUAGAUGUGUACAAGGAAAAAAAGAGGGUUUAUCCAUUUGUUUCAAGGAAACCAUAUAGAAGCAAGACAAGUAUACAAGAUUUUGAGAGCACGGUUUCUGCAACUUUCGUUUUU